AUGCCGGUUGUGCCGUCCCAAAGCGUUCACCCUGACCGUCAGGGUCAGGGUGAACGCUUUGGUUGUUGGGCUCAGAGCACCUCCUGCUCUCUCAGUGACUGCAAUAAGGGUGUGUAUGUGGGUGAUUGGCUGCAGGUGUUCCGAGACGUUCAGGAGCGCUCGUUCUUCUGGUUGCUGAAUGACGACUACUUUGCAAACAGGAAACAUGACAUCCACCCACAGGAGGAGGAGGAGGAGGAGGAGGAGGAGGAGAAGGAGGAGGUUCAGGGAAGUCCAGGCUGCAGUCAAAGCAUUGUUGGAUGUGUUGGAUGGUGGAGCAGUGAGACGCUGAGGCGCUGUGGACAGCAGCUGAUGGAGCAGAGCUACGGGGAGGUGAACCAGCUCGGCGGGGUGUUUGUGAACGGCCGGCCGCUGCCCGCCCCGCUGCGGCUCCGCAUCGUGGAGCUGGCUCAGCUCGGCAUGAGGCCCUGCGACAUCAGCCGCCAGCUGCGCGUGUCUCACGGCUGCGUGUCCAAGAUCCUCGCGCGCUACAACGAGACGGGCUCUAUCAUGCCCGGUGCGAUCGGUGGCAGCAAGCCUCGGGUCACCACCCCCGCCGUGGUCCGCAGCAUCCAGGAGUACAAGCAAGGAGACCCGGGGAUUUUCGCCUGGGAGAUCCGAGACAGGCUGCUGACAGACGGGGUGUGUGAUAAGUACAACGUGCCGUCAGUGAGCUCCAUCAGCCGGAUCCUCAGGAAUAAGAUUGGGAAUGUUUCUCAACAUGAGAGCAGCAAACCGACUCCGGCUCAGAUGCCCCCAUACGGACACGUGUACCCCUACUCACCCACCGGGAGCAGGACCGGAGCAGGACCCCCUGGGCACGUCGGGCUGCCCCGGAGCUGGCACAACAUCCUGGGCAUCCGAGCCUUCAUGGACCCGGCAGCUCUGUCUGGAUCUGAUGGUCACUCAACCAAAGUGGAGGACUGGACCAGUAUGACCAGUAUGAGCAGCAGACCGUUACCUUCUGGAGUCAAUGGAGCCGACAAAACCAACAACGAGCCAGACCUCAAAUACCCACAACAGUCUUCAUCCAGCCUGUCUGGUUACGUCCCAGCUUGUGCGUACUCUCCACCGAACCAGUACGGUGUGUACGGAGGCCCGGCGGCCAACUACAUGAUCCCUGGACACCACUGGCAGCCUCAGUCAUCCAAUCUGAAUCCCAGUUUGACUCCCAGUCUGGUUCAUCCUGGCCCCGCUGCAUCGCUGGAGGCUGCAGAUUUCCACCAUGCUACAUCUUUUAAACUUUCACAGAGAGAAGGCAGAGCAGACGGUCACACUGAGCCUGAUUGCAUCCUGCUACACAAGAGCCACACACUCUGA